GCGCGGGGCGCCCGGCAGCGACGGACGGAGGCGCAGUGGCGCGGCGGACAGACAAAGGAGCGGGCUCCGCCGUCGGCAGCGGAACACAUUUUUUAAUAGAGUAGGUAGAGAUGGUGAUGUGUCAGAAAAGCAGGGACAUGGUGUUUCUUCCUGUGGCCAAGACUGGGAGGAAAAUAAAAGGAGCAGAGAGGAGGAAGAAUGCUUCUUUGAAGGAGGCUGAUCCUGAGAUGGGUUCACAUAACACUAAGGACCAAAGAAGCAUGCAUAAUCUCUCUGUGGUGCUGGGACCAGCCUUCUGAAAGAAGAUUCUAACUUUUUACCUUCGAGCUGUUUGUCCUGGGACUGACUUGUUUUUGGAGAAGAGCUUAACAGAGAGAAGAUUUUUCACAUUGGGAUCAUUAUAAAUAAAGCUGUUUAAAGAACUGGCUACCUGGAGACAGAUUUACAGCGAUUGAUUCCUGCUUUUCAUCUGCGUUCCGACUUCAGACUGUAAACAAUGAGCGAGUUUUGGUUGUGUUUCAACUGCUGUAUUGCGGAACAGCCUCAGCCUAAAAGGCGACGGCGGAUUGACCGAAGCAUGAUUGGGGAGCCUACAAACUUUGUUCACACAGCCCAUGUAGGAUCAGGAGACCUGUUCAGUGGAAUGAAUUCGGUCAGCUCAAUUCAGAACCAAAUGCAGUCCAAGGGAGGCUAUGGAGGUGGAAUGUCUGCAAACGUUCAAAUGCAGCUUGUAGAUACAAAAGCAGGAUAACCUUGGGGAUAUUUUUCCAGUUUAUGUGAGUUCCUGUAUCUUCUUUCCUGUGUGCCCUCUUUUGCCUUGGUGACUGCUUUCUGUGCUCAUGACGAGAGAAAUGAUGGCUCGUUGUUCACCUGUUGUGAUUACUCCAGUUAAAAGUUGCUGUUCUGCUCUGAUGAUGCCAUUUAUCAGAUUGGUCCAACUGUGCCUUUCAGUGGCAUGCACACAUUGGCCUUUACCAGAAUCAUGGUCAUAGGGCUGUUUAGAAUUGGUUUUAGCUUUUUGUUUGUUUUAAGGCAAAUUAAAGCACUGACCUUAGCUUUCCUCAUCCCUCACAAAUACUAAUGUGCAACAUUGUGUUGCUCUUUAAUCUUUUGAAUCUUUUAUCCACUCGAGUAAUCUAGAAAUGAGUGAGUUUACAUUAAUCUCUUCAAUCAUCUAUUAUUCAUACCCAAUUUUGAAAGGUCUGGGACCUGCAAGCACAAAUUAUUAUUUCAUAUGAAAUCAGCAAAGCAGAUGACCACAUGCUUUGUGAGGUUAUGUCGUGUGGGGGCCUGCUUGGUGCUAGAAGAGAAAAAACUAAAAUCGCUUAAUGCAGACUGGUGAAAAAUUUUGCUGUUGGCACUGAGUCAUGCUUAUUCCUGCAAAAGGAUUUUCAUUUUAUCUGCUUUAGAGUUAUGCUCUUACUUUAGUUUUUAUCUAACUGGUCUUGAAAUAAUGGAGCUUGCAUUCAUGAGGCAUUUGUUGUAAAUUUUUAGUAUAUUUAUUUUAAAAGAGCUGACCUUGGGACUGUAAACCAGUGUAGUACUCUAUCUAGAUGUUGUGGAAGCGCUUUAGUCUAUUUAAAAAAGAAAAGCAUCAUGUUUGCCUGCUAUUAUUACUUUCUACAAUUUUUCUUAAUUUUAGGCUGUAUGGUCAUUCACAGUAGCAGCAUGUCAGACUGUCUGCAAUAUGAGCUGAAAAGGCUUUGUAGACCUUUCUGAGUAGUUGGCAGUUCCUGUGUACUAAUUAUUUUGGGGCCAUGGAAGUUGCUAAGAGGAACAUACUAAUCUGGCCGAACACAUGCCAGUGAAAACAACAUACAGGGUGACUUAGUUAACUAAGUCAGUAAAAUGCCUUUUGCUCAGGUUCCAAAGCAUUUUUCUUUCAUACUUUGAGAAAUUGUAUUUUAAUAUUGCACUGUUUUCAGGUGGCUUUUUUGCCCUCCCUCUUGAUGCUUUGAGAGAAGUCAACGAUUUUAGUCCUCAUUGAGUUAA